AUGACAACCCAUGAAGCUAUUGAUUUUCUAAGAGAGGACUUUGACCUUACUGCACACCCAAAGAUGGUGUAUAGAGCUGUGAAGGAGGCAAGGGAGAGGAUGAUGGGUAACGAAAGGCAACAGUAUGGCAAAUUGAGGGAUUACUUAUUAGAGAUACAUAGAAGUAACCCUGGGUCUUCUGCAUUGCUAGACCUGAUCCCUCAGCCUCAAGCAGCCCCUAUGUUUGACAAGUUAUAUGUUUGUUUUGAGGCCUGCAAACAAGGAUUCAAGAGUGGCUGUAGACCAUUGAUCCACCUAGAUGGAUCAUUUCUUAAAACAUACCAUGGGGGACAACUACUUUCUGCCAUUGCACAGGAUGCCAACAACCAGUUUUACGUGGUUGCAUACGCAGUUGCAAGAUUCGAGAAUAAAGAAUCUUGGAAGUGGUUCCUAACAUGCUUACAAGAGGAUAUUGGUGAUGGACUGCUACCUGCACUGAAAGAGGUAAUGCCUGGUGCACAUGUUAGAAACUGCGUCAUGCAUAUGUGGAAGAAUUUCAUAAACCGAUUCAAGGAUCUGUAUAUAAGAGAAAUUGUGUGGAACUGUGCUAGAUGCACAACCAUCUCAGAGUUCAAGACAACCAUGGAAAGACUGAAAGUAGUGAACAAGGAUGCUUGGGCCUAUCUUAUGAAAUUUGAACCUGCUACCUGGAUUAGAGCAUACUUUAGCCAUGGUCCCAAGGUCGACAACCUAACAAACAACAUGUGUGAGUCGUUUAACGCAAAGGUGGUGAAGUACAGAAGCAAGCCCAUACUUACAAUGUGCGAGGAGUUACGGUGCUAUGUGAUGCGGCGAAUGGUUCAACACAAGAAACUUCUGGGGACUCAUGAGGGAAAACUGGCGCCAGUACAAGAGAAAAGGCUACAGAGGCUUAUCAAACCAAGCAACAAAUGGACAGCAGAGUGGAUUGGUGAUAACGAGCACAAACGGUUUGAAAUCACUCACAAGGGAUCCAAAGUUGAUGUGGAUCUGAUCAAACACAGCUGCUCGUGUAACAAAUGGCAACUCACAGGGAUGCCGUGCAUUCAUGCUAUAGCAGCAAUCAGAAAACGGCAUGAUAAUCCCGACGAUUAUGUUCAUCCAUGGCUAUGUAUGGAAUCUAUUAGAAAGACAUAUGAGCACUUCAUCCAGCUAGUAACGAGUGAGGAAUACUGGACAAGAUCUGAGUUUACUAAGCCUGUUCCACCUGUGUUAAAAAGGCCGAUUGGACGUCCCAAGGUACAUAACAGACAGAAAGACCCAGCUGAGACUGUUAUUGAUGGUGACAAAUUGAAGAGGAGUUUCUAUGUCACAUGUAGCAAGUGUGGUGAGAGGGGACACAACUACAAGACGUGCAAAGGGGCCCCAUCCAACCCUAACUGGAAGCCAAAGAUGAAAAAAUCAAGAACAAAUGCCAAGGACUCUCAAUCACUUGUGGUUCUACCUUUGUCACAGUCAGCCCCCGAGGAAGAGAGUGUGGAACAGAGUCCCCCUGCUGCUAUGAACCCUCCUCAUGUGAAUAUUGGAACUUGA